AUGAGCGCAGCGCAAUGGGCUGACAGUCGGGUCGGAGGAAAAUCGCUCCGUCACAUUGCUGCUUCCCAACCUGGACGGAGCACGUCCAGCUACACGCAGGCGGUCCGGGAGCCAUUGGGAGAGCCGCUGCGGACUCGACAAAGCCUUCCUGGCUCAGCUGCGGCAAAGGAUAUAUACCUGAGGCCUGUCCAGGUGCAAGACGAGUCCUCGGCCGACGAUCAAAGCAUUGCUAUCCGUACUCCACACGAUCUUUCGCAUUUCUGGGCAGCGAGCCGGUUCUCCACCCAGGUAUCUAUCUUCCGCUCCACCAAAACCUCACUGGUAAUGUUUGCCACGCUUGAAGAUCUCCAAAUGUCCUCGAACAAGGUCGGACAGGUGCCAUCCGCCGGUGCCGCUCCAGCUCUCAACCCCAGCUCCCACAAUGUCGCCAUCACCCUCAAAAGGGCAGCAUCGAACCUGUCCACCACAUGCUCGUCGGACGAGAUCCAAGUCAUCGACGAGCAACAACCCGCUAUCCCAAUCCGCCCGCCGGUCGAGCCGGGAUACGCGAACCGCCACUCCGAGCUCGAAUGCGGCAGCGUCCACACGUGCCGACGCCAUCCAUCCCCUCUGUACGAACGACGCAAGCAGGACGAUCUCGAUCUGCUCGGCGACUCUCUCGACAGUGGUCCAUGCGCGAGCGAUGGCUUCUGCAGGCAAGAUGCAGACACAAGGGGCCGUGCCCGUGGCACCAAGCGGCUCCCUUAUCCGAAGCCAACAGACUACAAGCGAUGCGGGCAGCCAUGGCAGACGGGCGGAAAUCACGUGCAGGGGCUGCAUCGCCACCGUCAUGACGUUGGCAAUGGACUCAAUGGCUGCCCUUACAUAUGCUUCAAUAGCGAAGACGGGAGCCAUGCUUCUAGCGGUCGCACUCCCGCAAAGCACAGACCACUGCUUCCGCCGAGCCCAUUCGGAGCCGAGCACGAAGCUGUGGUUUUCGACAACUUCGAGGAGUCAGGUCCCACAACGCCCGCAUCCGAAGCGGAUGCAGAUGCCAAGGACCCCUUUGACACGCACCUGCGAUUCGUGCGCCCCGCACUCCCGAUCUGCGCCAACCCUGGCGCGUUCGUCGGGCUCGAAUCCGCCAAUGAGACAGCAGGCUCUUGCACGGACGGAUCGGAAGAGAACUCUCGGACAAAGCAACUCUGCAACACAAGCGAUAGGGUCCGCCAAGCACGCCAUCAUCGCGCCGUCAGCGAGCUCUUCGGUGGGCCGAUGGCGCCCCUUGGAACGAAUGAUGUGCGGAACACGCGUCGCCGGGCCACGAUCGGAUCGGACGCCGCGCACCCUCGUCGAUUCGCCAACCUAGCGCGACGCGGUGAUCAGUCUGACUGA